AACAUGUUGUUUUUCCUCUUUCUGAUUGUUUCCACUCAUCUCCACUUCACACACUUUUCGCCUUUUACCUUCCUUCCUUCUGUUCCUUCACAUCUUCUCCUCGUCCGCUCUAUCCCACAAUGCAUUGUGUUCACUCGUUGGAUCAUGGACCAAAGCGACAAUGAUCUUCAAGGCAGCGAUGGUUCUGGGAGUUUGGGUGGCCCAGAUGUUCGCAGACGAAUCCCCAUCAAACUCAUAUCCAAGCAGCCCUUAAGGAACAAACCUCCUCCCCGCACCCAGAGACCCAACAGCAGGCCACCCAAAAGUGAGACUGGAGAAGAUGAUAACUUUGGCUUCAAGCAAGAAGAGAGGCGCGAUUGUGGCGCUAAAGCCGGUGAUGUGUUUGCAAGUCAGAGGAGGUUCCCCCAGCCACUGUUUUGGGACUAUAAGUUGCAUUUGAUUGGAGAAAGGGAUGAAGUACCAAUUCACUUUUGUGAUAAAUGUGGUCUUCCUAUCCAGCUAUAUGGACGCAUGAUCCCCUGCAAACAUGUCUUCUGCUACGACUGUGCUUUGCUUCACGAGAAGAAAGGAGAAAAGAUGUGCCCUGGCCUCACCUUGUACAGCUGCACAGACCCAGUGCAGCGCAUUGAGCAGUGCCAGCGUGGUUCCCUCUACAUGUGCAGUGUUGUGCCGGGAUGCAAGCGCACCUACCUGUCCCAGCGCGACCUGCAGGCCCACGUCAACCACCGCCACAUGAGGGCAGCCAAGUCUUCCGCAGGCCGACCGGAGCCUGUGCACCUGCCCCCUGCGUCUGAGGUCCCUGACCGGUUCCGUGUGCCUCCACCUCACUUACCCAAGAACCACGUUCACCUCCCCAACCCGCUCCAGCACAGCAGUCAUGACCCCUAUAGUCAGCCACCCCCACCUUCAGCUCACGACGCCCCACCCCCGACCUCUGCUCUUGGUCCUGAGACUUUCCGCAUUGCCACGGUAACAACUCGUAAACACAGCAAUCUCAUCACUGUACCCAUCCAGGAUGACUCCUCUUCGUCUCGGGAGCCCCACCCUGGUGGGCCAGGCCCCACUCAACCACCCCACCACCACCCCGGGGACUAUCCUGGCCAGCAGUCAGUAGUGUCCCACGCUCACCACAUGAUGGCGCCACCACAGCAGCACUUCGGCCCUCCACCUCCUCCGCCUCCUCCGAUCAGCCACCCCAUGCAGCAUCCUCCCCAGGCCUCAGGGACACCACACAUGGUGUACAACCAGGCCCCUCCUCCCCCCAUGUCCACAGCCCCCCCACCAAUCACUCCACCACCAGGGCACAUCAUGGGCCAGAUGCCCCCUUAUAUGAAUCACCCGCCCCCAGGACCUCCACCACAACACAGUGGCCCCCCUGUCAAUGCUCCUCCACCUCAUCAUUACAACCCCAACUCCAUGCAGCAGUUCCCUGAAGACCAGGGUACCCUUAGUCCCCCGUUUAGCCAGCCAGGAGGGCUCAGUCCUGGUAUGUGGCCUGCUCCAAGAGGGCCCCCACCUCCGCGAAUGCAGGGUCCUCCUCCCCAGGGCCAGAUGCCCGGACCGCACCACCCAGAUCAGGGCCGCUAUCGCCCUUACUAUCAGUAAACCGCCAUCUUAAUGAAUGAGCAACUGUCUGUGUCAUUCUGUCCCGUACCACUAGUCUGAAUAAUGUGAUCGUAAACCUCAGGGUUACAGGAUGUAGGACUUUCAUUUUGAUAAAAACUGCCCGGAAGCUAAUGUGUAUGUGCUGCACAUUUUACUUAGGUGUACUGAACUUUCCACUGAACAUAAAAUAGAUUCGGAGAAGAGCAGGAAUGUCCCUUUGUUUUGUUUUUUUAUUAGCGUAUGGUAAAUAUUUCUGUAUAUAUGUCCACUGAUUACACGCAUAUGUACUGUACAUUCAAAGACGCUAACUAUGUCUCAAUAAAUUUUUAACGAAA